AUGGAGUCCUCACGGCAGCAGGCUUUUCAGCGGCUGCGUCCACCUUGUGUCGAACUGAGCUCCAUCGCUCUCAAACUCAAGGCUAAUCAGACAUCUGCGAAGUCUGUGCUUCUUGCUCUGGAGCAAGUACACCGCAUUCUUUGCUCUCUUGGAGAGGAAGAUCUUCUCGACGAGAAAUUAGCCGAAUACGCCUUCUUCCCACUGACUCACGUUUUCAAUCAAUCUUCCCGGAUAUCAUCACGAGGCCUUGAGCUAGCUGUCAAAUGCGUGCAAAUCCUGGUGUCGAGAGGAUGGCGAGACAAGCUUCUUCCCGAGAUGGCCAAACAGUUGCUUCUUCUCAUGGGUUUGCUGGUGUCUCGAGGACCCGACCAACAGAAUCAGCCUCCCACAGAGGAGCUGAAAAUUGCUUCGUUUGAAUGCAUGGCCGUCCUCAUCCGGCAAAGUGCUUCACUCGCACCCGCAGUCCUGGAAGGCGUUGGCAGCAGGAGCAUAGUAGACCAGCUAGUCUAUCAGCUCCUUGAAGCAGUAGCAGAGGCGUCGGAGGAGGACGUGCAGAUCAGUGCAACCUACGCCCUUCUUGAGCUUCAGCGUGCUAUCAAGAGUCGAACAUUACUGGCCAGCUUGCUUCCCCGUACAGUCUCUACACUGGUCAAGGUCCUUCGAUCCAGUACACAGGCCCGUCGAACGAGAAAGGUCCUUGUCGCCUACUUGGACCUGCUGACUGAGGCUUUAAGAAACGUCCUUGCUGAUGGAGUCGCCUCGGACAAGUUUAGUACCAAGGUUCAGACAAAGUCUUCCAAAGCACGCGGCGCUGAUGAUGAGGUCGUACUGGACAAAUCCUGGUUCGAUGCGACUGCCGCUCAAAUCGAUCUGGCCCUAACGCAAGUGGUCAAACUGAGGACACAUGACAGCCCUGAUGUUGCUGAAGCCCUCCUCAACCUUUGUCUCACGGUGAUCGAUGACUGUUCGCAGACCCUCGCUCAGUCUGUCCCUCUGAUGGUUGAGACUCUUGCAGUCCUUUGCAGAUCGUCCAGGGCAUCAAGAGCAAAUUCCGCUCUCAAAUAUUUGAUGACCUCGAGGCCAGAGAUAACGGAAAUACUAGAAGCUAAAUUCUAUGAUUGGUCCCAAGCACUUCCCCGAGUGAUGCAAGGUAAUGACGAUAGACCCAAGCAGCAGUUGCUCAAGCAGGUAACGACAUCUUUCAUCGCAUUGACAGACAGUUCGAAUGCCAUUGGUGAAGAAAUGUCGAAAUUUGCUUCGAUUUUAAUUGAUACUGUCGCAGCAGCUAUUGAAUCGGGGUCGAAAAGUUCAAGCCUAGUCAGUGAGGCACCCCGGAUUCUCCCAAGCGACCUUGUUCAGCAGUCUAGAAGCUCGGAACAUGAGUUUAUGCCGGUUGUCUUGAGUCACCAGAGCCAGCAGUCGUCCGCGAAAGAGCUUCAAAGCUUGAUCGCAACCCUCAAGACACACGCUUUCAGUCAGAACAUUACCCGCAACCUUGUUGAUCAUCUGCAUGAUCCUGAUGUCAGCAGAAAGUUAUCGGCAGCAUGGCUCGCUCUCCAGUUCUUGAGAUCUGACAGCAGCAAGUCAUUUGACGUGAUGGAGCUGGUGGAGGACAAUGCUUCCACGCGUGACUUCUCGCUUUCCCGUCCUUUCCUCAUAAGCGAUCUUUAUUCAAAUGUUCUGCCCUUCCUGACAGAAUAUCCUGAUCUCGCAGGCGAAGGGGACACAGACUGGCGGCUGGUGGCACUGUCACUCGAGAGUUCAAUACUUCAAGCUUCUCAGCUCAGGCAAUCGUACCGUCCUGAGUUAGUGGAGACACUGUUUCCGGUCCUGACCCUGCUUGGUUCCAGUGAUGCCUUGCUCCAGCAGCACGCAAUGACGGCUCUGAAUCUAUUGGCUACAGCAUGCGAAUAUGAUUCAGCUUCUCAUAUGUUGAUUGAGAAUGUGGACUAUCUAAUCAAUGCUGUUGCAUUGCGACUCAAUGCCUUUGAUGUAUCGCGAACAAGUCUCCAGGUGAUAGUGAUGAUGAUCCGGCUCUGUGGUGGCAGCAUCCUCCCGCACCUUGACGACCUUAUUGGGAGCAUUUUUGGCGCCUUGGACACCUUCCACGGAUAUCCAGGUCUCGUCGAACAGUUGUUCGAUGUUCUCAAGAUCGUAGUGACAGAAAGCUCCAAGAAGCCUGCCAUUCUUGCGAUUCAGUCCGGAAGGUCUCCUGAAAGCCACCGAAACGCGCCGAUUCAUGUAUCUAAAUUUCAAGACAUCCUCAACGACUUGGAAAGCAGGAAACAAAGACGGCGCCAAUCUGACAAGGAACAUGAAGAGAUUAUUUCUGCUCCCCACCGUCCCUGGACGGCUGCCGAAGACAGUAAACCGAGCGAGGAGCACAGAAGCCUCUCCGACACGAAUGAAGACACGGAGGAUGAUCAGCCAUUCGACCAGGCAGCCGACCGAGAGGAGGCCAAGAUGUCCAAGUCUCACCAACUUCUGCUCAACAUUGCAAAGUCCACGGUCCCGCAUCUGUCGUCCCCUUCACCAAAGGUGCGCUCUACUUUGUUGGAACUGCUGCAAGAGAUAUCUCCGCUCCUUGCCGGACAUGAGAAUACCUUUUUACCCUUGGUGAACUCUAUCUGGCCGGCAGUGGUGUCCAGACUGCUGCCCGGGAGUGAUCCAACCGCGGCGAAUGCGCCGUACAUCACGAGGGCUGCCGCCCUCACGGUGGCCGAUAUUUGCCGUGCCGCAGGUGAUUUCGUGUCCAGUCGAAUCGAGGCGUUGUUCGAUGAGCUUGAAAUCCUAUUCGAGAAAACAUGUUCGACCGUUCUUAGGUCAACAACGCGACAGAAGUCAGUGGGGAUCCCGAACAUCAAACGAUCAGGAUUGAUCAUCUCUCCCAGCGAUUCGACGCAGCUGAAAAACGAGUCUGCCUCGUCACCCGGUCAGUCUUCUAUGGCUCCAUACAGCAGCCCUUUCAGGUCCUCAGACGGACAAUUACUAGAAGCCCUCGUAACGUUGUUGGUCACCAUUCUUCAGCAUGUUCAAAUCUCCGAAGACUAUGUGGACAAGGUCUUUAUGCUUCUGGCCCCGCUUAUGCACACGGAACGAGUACGGCAGGCAUUACUGAGUUAUAAUGAGGAUGCUGUAUGGCUGAUCGAGAACCGUCGGCCAUGGUCCGAAUCAGCUGAGACUUCACGUUAUCCACGAAAAUGA